CAGUCGUCUUCUGAGAACUGAAAGUAGACUCUUGGCUAAUAGAUGUUCCUUCCUGCUGAAGAGUCACUUCUCUUGAUGUUUGUCACUUAUAUUUUGGAUCGCCAGUGUGAGUUCUCAUCUUCACAGGACGGCAUCUCGAUCACCGCUUGAGUAGAUUAGAUAAGGAUAGUUUAACGCUCAAGUGAUUGAUCGUUCCUCACAAAUAUCCUGUCAUCAUUCAGAAGGGACAUCUUGGGCUCCCCUGGGUUAUCAUGGCGUGUUUUGCUGUGAUCAUUCUGUCUGGAUUCAUCAGCAUCUCAGCAGCAAAGGAAGCAUGUGAUAUCUAUGGUGGAGUUGGACAGGAUCGGAGUCUGCCUCUUAACUUUAAUGGACUGCUUAACAAACAUUCUCUGAGAUGGGAUCACAAUACUAAGACCCUGUUUUUCAGAGAUAGACAAGGCAAAGUGUCUGUUGGAGAGUCAGGGGACGUUUCUGCAACCGGAUCUCUUCAGCUGAAGAACCUGCAGUUCUCCAGUGCAGGUGUUUACGAAGCAAGUGUGUUGUCUCCAAACCGUAUUUUGGUUAAACAAUGGCGUCUCUGUGUGAUGGACAAUGUGUCAAAACCUCAACUAAAUUAUGUGUCUGACUUCAAGUCCAGCACUGUUAACAAAGACAGUGACGCUGUUCGUCCAUCGGGCACAAGUCCAUCACCGUCACCACCCAAUUUGCUUUGUUUUCAAUCCAAAACUGUUGUGGCAGCGGUCGCAGGAGGAGUGAGUCUGAUUCUGCUUUUGAUCGUCAUCAUCGUCGUAUUAUGUUUCUACAACAGAUGCAACAAGACUCAAAGGGGACUCAGGGAGAAAGGGGCCGUCAGAAUGCUUUCUCUAAACAAGCUAGAGCUGGACUCCAUGAGCCCAGAUUAUGAGACCAUGAACCCGACUGAGAACCCUCGUCCCCCGAGCCCCAAGCCUUCACCGAGAGUAUUUAACCAGAACGUUCCUCUGCCCGAAGCUCAGCCUGGAAACGGCCCUGUGCAGCUGUCCACCGUCGCUCAGAGACAACAACCUUCGCCUGUGCCGAAGCCGAGGACCAAGACAACAAACGGAAUGUGUCUCCCUCCAGAAACUUUCAGCGACAAAGAAAAAAACGUAAAGUUGCAUUUUAAUCCUGCCUAGUCUUUACCGCUGUAUCAAUAUCUGUGUAGGAGUGAUUGGUUAAAUGUUUAUAAAUAUGUGACGAAAUCAUAUUUCAGAAUAAAAAAGAUUUGUGUAAAAAAUUGAUGGUGCAGUGCAAAAUAUUCUGUAUUUUUAUUAAAGACCACAAAUAGAAAAAACAAA